AUGUGAGGGAGUUUGAUGCUCAGCACCUGACCUCAACCAGACACCACCCUUUGUUUUGUUUCAAACCUUCUCAAUCUCUUUGUUCCAAACCUAAAGCUUCUGCUUCACUCUUCCUCCUCACUUUGCAAAGGCUUAAUCUGCACCGCAGGCCCAGCUUGCCAAACGGCUAGAUGAACACAUUGGGCAUUUUCACUAACAUUUCUCGAAUCACUAAUAUUCAUGAUCAUGGAAGAGUUGUUGAUAGUAAAAAGGGUAGAUUUCAAUGCAACUACUGUGAUAAAGAGGUGAGCGGUAUCACCCGUUUGAAGUGCCAUUUAGGAGGAAUAGGGCCGGAAGUAAAACCAUGUUUAGAGGUUCCUGCUGAGGUGAAGGAGCUGUGGAGAAACAAGUUGCUUGAAAGUCGUGGCAAGAAAGUUAACCACUCUUCCAGCUCAAAUGGUGUUAAGCGUAAGAAGCAUGAGACUUCUCAAACUUCUAGUUAUCAGGAUGGAAGCGAAGAAGAUACAGACUCAAUGUCAGAAGAAAAUGCAACAGAUUAUGUCAACAGUCCCAAUGGAAAUAUAGGCCUUCAAAGAGGAGAAAGUAAUGACAUGAGAAAUGUUUCGAUAUCAAUGAACCCCCAAAAAUGCAUUGGUAGAUUCUUUUAUGAAACAGGCUUAGAAUUUACUGCUGCAAAUUCUCCUAGCUUCAAAAGAAUGAUAAAUUCUGUUGCUGGUCCUGGUGUGAAUUACAAGAUUCCUAGCUGUGAAGAGCUUAAAGGUUGCAUCUUUCAAGAUGAAGUGAAGGAGAUGCAAGAAUAUGUGAGAAAGAUUAAGGAAUCCUGGGCUACUACUGGAUGUAGCAUCUUGUUGGACAGUUGGAUUGAUGAAAAGGGUAGAAACCUCGUUAACUUUUUGGUCAACUGCCCUCAAGGCCCUGUUUAUCUCUGUACUCAUGAUGUUUCAUCUUCCAUUGGUAAUGUUGAUGCCAUACGUGCACUAUUGGAGGGGAUUAUUAAGGAUGUUGGGGCUGACAAUGUUGUUCAGAUUGUGGCAGAUUCUACAACUGGCUGGGUUGGUGCUCUAGGCAAGGAGUUCAGUAAGCACAAAGGAGUGUUUUGGGCAGUGAGUGGAUCUCAUUGCAUUGAGCUGAUGCUAGAGAAGAUUGGAAUGAGUACCUCCACUAAGGGGAUUUUGGAUAAAGCGAAGACUAUUACAAAAUUCAUUCAUGGGCAUGAAGAAGUUUUGAAGAUUUUGAAGAAACAUACUUGUGGCCGUGACCUGAUUAAGCCCUCCAAGAUAAGAGGAGCAAUGCCCUUUAUGACUUUAGAUAGUAUUGUAUACGAAAAGCAGGAACUAAAAGACAUGUUUGCCUCAUCUGAGUGGAACAUGUCAAUCUGGGGUUCAAGAGUGGAGAGCAAGAUGGUAGCAGAUAUAGUGGAAGAUCAGUCCUUUUGGAUUAGAGCUGAGAUGGUCUCAAAAGCAACUAUGCCGCUGGUUCGUGCUAUUGAAUUGAUCUUUGAGGCUGACAAGCCACUUGUGGGGCACAUAUACGAAACCAUGGAUCAAGUGAAGGAGAGAAUUAAAGAAGAAUUAAUAAACAAAAAGUCCCACUACAGGCCUUUUUGGGAAGUUAUUGAUGACAUUUGGGACAAUAUUCUCCAUAUCCCUCUCCACGGGGCUGGUUAUUAUCUUAAUCCAAGUCUCAAAUAUUCUAAUGACUUCUAUUGCGAUGAUGAGGUUUACCUUGGGCUUAUGUGCUGCAUUGCACAGAUGGUGCGGGAUCCUUCAAUUCAAGAUGUAAUACACAAUCAACUCAAGGAGUACAUACGUGCUGAAGGCAGUUUCAAGGAGGGGAGUUCCUCUAGCCGAAGAAUAACUCAUCCAGCUAUGUGGUGGUCUUCUUAUGGGAAACAAUGUCCUGAACUCCAGAGGUUUGCCAUUAGAGUUUUGAGCCAGAACUGCGAUGGUGCUACAAGAUAUGGACUCAGAAGGACUCUAGCUGAGAAGCUGGUUACAAAUGGAAGGAAUCCUAUCGAGCAGCAACGGUUGAGUGAUCUGACUUUUCUUCAUUAUAAUUUGCAAUUACAGAAGUUUUGCUCAGGUGUGAAGAGCGGCAUUGAAGCUGAGGAUAUUCAUCCAAUGGAUGACUGGAUCAUCGAUGAAGCACAAGAUAUUGUUUCUCAGAAUGGGGAUGUGAAGGUGGAGCCUGCUAAUGGAGCUACCAGUGAAGGAUGUUCAAGAUUGCAGCUUAAAAUAGAAUCCAUGUAAGAUAUUAAUAGAAUCCAUGUAAGAUAUUUGGAGAGCAAUAAAAUAGCAUAUGUGGUAUGUAGCAGCUUUCAGCAAUAGAAUCUAUAAAGUAGACAUGCCUUGUUGUUUUGGCUUCAUACUUUUGUGAGUUUGAAUCUUGGCAUGAAGUGGCAGAAGAAUUCUUACAGUAAAAUAAGAUGGUAUCAGUUACCUGAAAACUAUUGCAAUAUCCUUACUC